AUGACGCAAACUAACAUCGAGGUAAAUAUAGAGCCUUCAGGCGAGGCUGGGCCUGAUAUUGUAAGUGGGCAUCAGCAGAGUACGCAGCCCCUUGGCCGCCAGCAGGACGCGAACACACCGAGUCCGGGUGCGGAACACCACGACAGCGAGCAUCAAUCGGCGCCCACGGAGGGGGCAGGCGGCGCCCAGCCGGGCGUGGAGGAGGUCAGCCUGGGCUCGAGCCUGCAAAUAAACAACUCGCUCGGCCACGUGGUCGAGUACCUCGUGUGUUUAAAGAAGUUCAGGGACUCGGAGGGGGGCACGAACAGGCCGAUUUCGGACCCGCUGAUCGAGCUCGUUUUGUUCUCGCCCCUCAGGGCUCUGAUGUUCAUCAAGCUUUCAAUCCUGUUUUCCAUCUUCGUGUCGCUCCUGCUCUGUGUGCCGGAGCUCCUGAUGUCAAGGAUUAACAAUUUCCCCUGCGAAAAGUGCUUGAAGGUGAUCACAAUGUGGUUGUUCGUUUAUCGCAUGAUUGUGCUUUCACAAUUCACAUUUAGGGUUUUAUUCUUUUAUAUAUUCUCACAACUCGACAAUAAAACAAGUCAGGAGGUGAUAUACUGUAUGUACGUCAUCACGCAAGGCAGGGGCUGGGUCAUGAGUAGAAAGCUGACGAGCUUUAGCUACUUCUGGUACGGGCUGGGCAUGAUACUACACAGACUCCCCAACAUGUGCAAUCGCAGGUGGCUCUACGCCUUCAUAUUUUACAUCCUGUCGGUCAACGUGCUGAGGUUCGCAGUGACAGUCAUACUUUACUACGUCACCUUCCCGCCGAGCCACGAAACAGCAAAGCGCCUACACCUAGGAGCGCACCUGGUGAUGCCCAAGUGCUCAUACAAGGAGGCGAAGCUCGAGUCGAAACCGCUGAAGUCAGUGACCUGCGGAAUCUGCCUGGACGAUUUCGCCGACGAGGACAUUCUGAGGCUGCUGACCUGCGCGCACGGGUUCCACGCAAACUGCAUAGACCUGUGGCUUUCACGCAGCGUGAACUGCCCACUGUGCAUGAAGACCCUAAUUUAA